UAUGAACACUACAUCUGAUGCGACAGAAUUAAAAAUCAUAUGUCCAGCAUUAUAAAUCAUUUUGGUAAUAAUAUAGCUCAACUCCUUUAAAAUAUCAAUCAAACAUUUAAACUAUUUCCUACUAUAACAGUUCAAACUGUCAGUGAUGAUCAACAACUGUACAAGCUUUUACAGUAAAGUAGUGAUACAUGCACGCAUUGCCUCUGUGUGUUUCCUGUAAUGCAUUCAUUGUCAUUUGAGACAAACUGUCUGCUUCUUUCUUCAAAUGUAUUGGGUUUCACAGGGUGGUAAAACAAGGCAGAGUAUGAACAGGUCAAAGAGAAUGUUUGGUUUUAGAACUUCACUGAAAUGAAUCUGACAGUCUAACAAUAGACAAAGGCUUUCAACACACGCCAAUGAGAGGCCAUCGUGAUCACGUGGUGUGUUAGUAUGUUAGACUUGAGACUGAGGCCCGCUGCACCCUAAAAGAGAGCUGCUCCAUCUCUGAGAGCCUCAAACCACCCCCGCUAGUUUAUAGUCAUGUCUGACACAGAAGAUGUGAUGGAUGAGGGAGUUCAGGAGGAAGUAGAUGACUCAAAGUCCAAACCAAAAUAUCUAUCAAAUGUCCAAGCACCAAAGAUUCCAGAUGGAGACAAAGUAGAUUUUGAUGACAUCCAAAAAAAGCGUCAGGAGAAGGAUUUAACAGAACUACAGUCUCUUAUAGAGGCUCAUUUCCUCCAAAGACAGAAAGAUGAAGAGGAACUCAUUGCUCUGGUUAAUAGAAUCGAGAAGAGGCGAGGUGAGAGAGCCGAGCAGCAGCGAGUGAGAGCGGAGAAAGAGAAGGAGCGCCAGGCCAGACUCGCUGAAGAGAAAGAGAGGAAGGAGCAGGAAGACCAUAGAAAGAAGCAUGAUGAAGAUGCCAAGAAGAAGAAGGCUCUCACAAAUAUGACCCAUCAGUACGGCGGCGUACAGCAAAGGGGUGAAGGACGCAAAGGUGCCAAGAAACAGACCGAAAGGGAGAAAAAGAAGAAGAUCCUGGCUGAACGCCGAAAACCACUGAGCAUUGAUCAUCUGAGUGACGACAAACUUAAGGAUAAAGCCAGUGAGUUGUGGCAGUGGUUGAUGCAGCUGGAAGCCGAAAAAUACGAUCUAAGCGAGAAACUGAAACGCCAGAAAUACGACAUCAAUCAACUGCUUGCCCGCGUCCAGGAUCACCAGAGUGCCAAGGGACGUGGCAAAGGCAAGAUGGGAGGAAGGCUGAGAUAGAAGUUGACAGGAAUUUCUGGCCUCCUGUGUUAGUUUUGUUUGCUUGAUGAAGAUAUUUUUAAAUCAUUAUUAUGAACAUACAAAAAUGCUUUGGUUGUACAUUUUUGCUUUGCACUGUAGGCUAUUUUUUGCCAUGAAUAAAUGUUAGCAUGUUAAUUGUAUUAUUU